AUGGUGGUAGAUAAAGAACGGAAGACUGCAGUGGUGGUAGAUGUUGCAAUAUCCAGUGAUAUUAACAUCAGGAAGAAGGGACUUACUGCAGGUUGGCAGUAUCAGGUUAACACAUUAGAUGAAUAUCAAAGGUCAAAUGGUAAACUCUACCAGAAAUUAAUGGGAUUCAAUAUGCUUCCUGAAGACUUCUAUAACUUCCUUAGCUUAGUGUUCGCUGUGGAUGAAAUCAACCGUAACCCUAAAAUUCUUCCAAACGUGACUUUGGGUUAUAAUAUAUACGACUCUUACGUUGACCUCUUCAGAACAGUCCAAGGAGCAGUUCGACUCUAUUCAGGAAAUAAGAAGCAAUAUCCGAAUUAUAACUGUGAUAACUCAAGUGUUCUAGCUGCUGUGAUUGAAGGGAUGCCUCCUUCGUUUUCCAUACAGUAUGCCAAUAUGUUUGGAAUCUACAAAUACCCACAGCUGCAUAAUUAUCUAAAGAAGGUUUAUUUCACAAACACAAUGGGACAAGACAUCUACUUUAACAAAGAUGAAAUAUCUGUUGGAUAUGAUAUAUAUAACUUAGUCUACCUGCCAAAUGGGACAAUAAAUUCUGUAAAAGUAGGGAGUUUUAACUACAAUGCACCACCCGGGAAUCAAACAGUCAUUGACGAAAAUGCAAUAUUAUGGGAAAGCAAGUUUUCUGAGAUCCCUAGGUCUGUGUGCAGUGAGAGCUGUGAACCUGGAUACAGGAAGUCUGUCCGUGAAGGACAACAGUUUUGUUGCUAUGACUGCAUGCAGUGUCCCGAAGGCCAGUUUUCGAACCAGACAGAUAUGGAUGUGUGUGAAUAUUGUCCCGAAGAUCAAUGGCCAAAUGAGCAGAAAACCGCUUGUGAUCCCAAAGUUAUCACUUUCCUGUCCUAUGACAACCCAACUGGAAUUGUCCUGAUUUUUAUUGCAGUAUUAUUUUCUGUCGUGUCAACUGGGGUUCUAGGUAUAUUUAUUAAGUAUCAAGAUACGCCAAUCGUAAAAGCCAACAAUAGAGAUCUCAGCUAUCUUCUUUUAAUAUCUCUUAAGUUCUCGUUCCUUGGCUGCUUUAUCUUCAUUGGACGUCCAGAACAACUGACUUGUUUUUUACGACAAGCUGUGUUUGGGAUUACAUUUGCUAUUUCAGUGUCUUCUCUUUUGGCAAAAACGCUAAUUGUUGUGAUUGCUUUCAAUGCAACCAAGCCAGGGAACAUUUUAAGGACAUGGGCUAGUACCAAAAUCCCCAAAUAUAUUGUACUUACCAGUUCUUCCAUUCAAGUACUUAUCUGUUUUCUAUGGCUGAUCAUUGCACCUCCGUCAAAGUUCUACAACACCCGUUCUGAAGCUAGAAAAAUCACAAUUGAGUGUAAUGAAGGAUCAGCUGUUGCUUUCUAUACAAUCCUUGGAUAUUUAUGCGUGUUGGCCUCUGUAAGUUUGAUUGUUGCUUUUCUGGCCAGGAAAUUGCCCGACACUUUUAAUGAUGCCAAACUAAUCACUUUCAGUAUGUUAGUUUUUAUCACUGUUUGGACUUUUUUCAUCCCAACGUAUCUAAGUACUAAAGGAAUAGCCAUGGUUGCAGUUGAGGUAUUUGCUAUCUUGGCCUCAAGCUCUGGGUUAUUGGGGUGUGUCUUUAUCCCUAAAUGUUAUAUUAUUCUGUUAAAGCCUGUGAGAAACAGGAAAAACUAUAUGUUAAGGACUACUAAGGGUUCUAGUGUUUAG